UCACGGUCAGCUGAUCGCGCGAAGUUGCCCGCGGAUAGCUGUCAGUGCGCUGUUGUUGUACUGCGUGGUGACUUUCUCUGCAGUCUUUUCUCCUCGCGCCACUCUCAUUUCGGGCAAUAUUGUCGAAAUCCAUUCCGCUGGUUGAUCAAAUUCUCGAGUCUUCCUUCGUCGGUAGUUCUUUGGCCAGCGCGAACGGCGAGAGGAUCUCGUCAUGGGUCUCAUAUGCUCAACGGCUCAGCUGGCAUGCUUGUGUGGAAGCACAGCUUGCAGUUUCUGUUGUUCCCAAUGUCCAACAUGCAGGAACAGUACGAGCACUCGCAUUAUGUAUGCAUUGCUCCUGAUGCUGGGAACUAUUGCAGCCUGUAUUACUCUUGCUCCUGGUUUACAAAGUGCACUUAAAAAGGUACCAUUCUGCGCAACAACAUCACACAAUUCCAGUUAUAUUCCACCGGAAAUCAUUCCAUCUGUCGACUGUGAUUCUGCAGUCGGUUAUUUGGCAGUUUACAGAAUAUGCUUCAUUCUCUCCUUGUAUUUCUUCCUGAUGUCUAUAAUAAUGAUCAGAGUGAAAAGUUCACAAGACCCACGAGCAGCUAUACAAAAUGGAUUCUGGGCGAUCAAAUAUUUCUUAAUAAUUGGAGGGAUUAUUGGUGCCUUCUUCAUCCCAGAAAGAUCUUUUGGAGCUACUUGGAUGUAUUUUGGAAUGAUAGGAGGUUUUCUCUUUAUAAUCAUACAGUUGAUUCUGAUUGUCGACUUUGCUCAUUCUUGGGCCGAUGCAUGGGUAGGGAAUUAUGAAGAGACUGAAUCGAAAGGAUGGUAUGCUGCUUUGUUAGGUGCAUCAUUCUUCAAUUAUGCUGUCUCUAUUGCUGGGAUAGUGCUACUUUAUGUGUAUUUCACACAUGAAAGCAUUUGUGCUCUCAAUAAAUUUUUCAUUUCAUUUAACUUGAUUUUAUGCGUUAUUACCAGUAUUAUAUCAAUUUUACCGAGUGUACAAGAACAUCAGCCACGAUCUGGUCUCCUUCAAUCUUCUAUAGUAACGUUAUACGUGGUAUAUUUAACAUGGAGCGGCAUAUCAAACAGUCCAGACCGCGAGUGUAAUCCUGGCUUCUUAGGUAUUCUUGCUGGUGAUGAUAUCAAAACGCAAAAUCGUGUCGCAUUUGACAAGGAAAGCAUUAUUGGUCUUGUGAUCUGGUUCAGCUGCGUUCUCUACAGUUCAUUGCGUACAGCAUCUAAAUCAUCCAAGAUUACAAUGUCCGAGAAUGUCUUGGUUCAGGAUAAUGGAGCUGUCAGGAAUACGGGAGAGCAGUCUCUUAUCGGCAAUGAAGAUUAUACUAAAGUAGAAGGACGUAAUGCCGAUGCCGAAAGUGGAAAUGAUGCCAAAGUCUGGGACAAUGAAGAAGAAAAAGUAGCAUACAACUGGAGUUUCUUCCAUCUCAUGUUCGCUCUCGCUACUUUGUACGUUAUGAUGACACUUACAAACUGGUACAGACCUAACUCCUCCAAUCUGGAUACGUUAAAUUCGAACGCUGCAUCGAUGUGGGUAAAAAUUAUUUCCUCAUGGAUGUGUUUGGGCCUUUAUGUGUGGUCAUUGAUAGCACCUACUGUUUUCCCCAAUAGAGAUUUCUCUUAAAUCUCUGUAUUUAUCAUGAGUAAAGACUCAGCAAACUGUGAAACAGCAAAAACAACCUGAGUUUAGGGCUUUCUUGUAAAAUCAUCAACCACCUUAUUGCAAAAUGUCUGUAAGUACGACUGUAAAAGAGGUUAACUAGAACUGAUGCUAGAACUGAUUAGCAUCUUAUAAGUGAACAAAAAGAAACGAGCAUAUUAAUAAUCAUAUGUCAUAUUUAUGAUUUUUUAAAUUCUAUGGUGUAUGAAAAAUUGUUUUUUCUUUGUUCUUUGUUCUCUUUCUCAUUUUGUUUAAAGAGUUUGAAGAGAAUUUUCGUUUGAAAUAUUUGACCAGUUAACUAUUUUCUUUUAUUAACAUCCAGAUCAUCUUAUUUGUUCAUCUCUUAAAAUUGAAAUAUACAUGUAGAUAUACUUCAUUAUUAUGGAUAUAUAACUAUGUAAAUACAUUUAAAUCAUAAUAGUUACUAUGGGCUACUAUAAGACAACAUAUAUAUAAUCUAAGUUUAAUGUUACUUGAUUUAUUUGGAAAAAGAAACGUUGUAAUAACUGUGUGUCAGUAUAUACGUGAGAAAUAUUGCAUAUAUGGCAAGAUUAACAUAUUUUUUCAGCUUGAUGCGCGUUCAUGGCAAAACAUGCGAUAAAAAAUUUAAUAUACCUAAAUUCUAUGCAUCUAUGUAUAUAUCUUUAUGAUACUAGUUAAGCAUUUCUUUUAUGUAUUGCGCUCUUUACGUGAUAAUCGAAAAUUGUAUCGAAGAGACAUGUGCGAGCUGUUCUUCAACGAUACGUGUAAUACGGUAAACAGUAAAAACAAGACAAAUAAAAUUAUAUAAAACGCG